AACACUAUCAUGGCCUCACUCUUUGUGAUCAUGGCAGUCGUAUUGAGCUUAUUAAGCAACUUAGAAGGAAGCCUUGUUCUUGGUGAUAUUGGUACCGCUUCAUCUUAUAAUCCUCCAUACUUGCCAACUAGGUGUAAUGGCAAUAGUCAAGAUCAAUUCCCUCCAGGAAAUUUGUUUGUUGCGGUUAGUGAAGGGUUGUGGGACAACGGCGCUGCUUGUGGGAGACGUUACAGAUUGAGGUGCCUGAGUGGCAUUGAUAAACCCUGCAAGAGUGGUAGUAUUGAGGUGAAGGUGGUGGAUUUCUGCCCCAAAUCUCCUUGCCCUGCAACCAUCCUCCUGUCCAAUGAUGCUUUUGCUGCCGUCUCCCGCUCUGCUGGAAAAAUCAACAUUGAAUAUGCCCAGAUAUGA